AUGUCGGCCUCGUUAGCUCGGGCCACUGUCUGGGCUGUGAGUAAGAGGAAGCUGCAGCCCACCCGGGCCGCCCUCACGCUGAAGCACACAGAGAAAAGAAAACAGCUUCUUAAAGAUAAACCUGAGUGUGUAUGUAUGAAGGUUGGUGUCCGGACCAGGGGCUGUAAUGGCCUUUCUUAUACUUUAGACUAUUCAAAGACAAAGGGAGAUUCUGAUGAAGAAGUUGUUCAAGAUGGAGAUGAGUUUGUGUCCAGUAACCUAGCACAGCUAACACUUUUAGGAACAGAAAUGGACUAUGUUGAAGACAAAUUAUCCAGCGAGUUUGUGUUCAAUAACCUAAACAUCAAAGGAACUUGUGGCUGUGGAGAAAGCUUUAAUAUUUGAAACCUCAGGACUCCUUUAGCUGGAAGCUCCAGGAAAGCUUGGCGAAGC